AUGUUCAGAGAAUCUGUUAGAAAAUGGUUUCAGGAUAAUGUUCCCCGAGAUCUCGAAGAAAAAUGGGAAAAGCAAGGCCAUGUCGACCGGGAUGCCUGGCUCAAAGCCGGUGAAAUGGGCCUCCUCGGCGUUGAUGCACCAGAAGAAGUCGGCGGCAUUGGAGGCGAUUUCCUUUCCGCCAUGAUUGUCAACGAAGAACAAGCUUAUCACAACUGCUCUGGCCUUGGCUUUUCUGUGCACAGCGACAUCUGCCUUCCUUACAUCUACAAAUACGGAACUGCCGAGCAGCGAGAGCUGAUUCCGUCCUUCGUCAGCGGCGAAAAAAUUCUGUGCAUCGGGAUGACCGAGCCGGGGACUGGAUCUGAUCUUCAGGGGCUCAAGACAACGGCGAUCGCGGACGGAGACGAUUACGUAAUCAACGGAUCGAAGGUCUUUAUCAGCAACGGCUUCAACCGAGGGAAGAACCUGAAAAAGGUCGGAGUCAAAGCCAAUGACACCGCAGAACUUUUCUUUGACAACUUGAGAGUUCCCAAAUCUGCCGUUCUCGGCGGCCCAGACUGCGUCAACCAGGGUUUUGGAUUUCUGAUGAACGAGCUUGCACGUGAGCGACUUAUGAUCGGAGUCCAAUGUACUGCUGGCCUUGAGAGCAUGUUUGAGCAGACCAGAGCCUAUGUGAAGGAGCGAAAGGCUUUUGGAAAAGAACUGAUCAAGCUCCAGACCAUCCAACACAGACUUGCCGAAGUCAAAACUGAAGCUGCUUUUUGCCGAUCUUUUGUCGAUAAGGCGAUGGAAUUGCAGGUCAACGAGGAACUGGACUACACAACUGCUUCUAUGGCGAAAUACAUGUGCUCUGAAAAAGCUCACGUGAACAUUUCCAAAAUGCUUCAACUCUUCGGCGGCUGGGGAUACAUGUGGGAGUACCCGAUCGCCAGAGCGUAUGCGGACUCUAGAGUCGCGAUGGUCUACGGAGGAGCGAAUGAAAUCAUGAAAGAGCUCAUUGCCCGACCCAUUCGAUCAUGA